AUGGCAAGACCCAAGAAGAAGACAGCCCCCAAGCCCAAGGCACCGGCCGUGGCAAAAACCAAGAAGAAGACAGCCCCCAAGCCCAAGGCACCGAAGAAAGUGGUCCGAGGAGCCCGCAAGACCAAGUCACCAAGAGAAGAUGUCUGGGCCAACAGAAGCUUCACCCUGUUCCCAAAGCUCCCAAUUGAACUCCGCGCGAUGAUCUUCGACUUGGCUGCGAUGGAAGAUUCUGCUCCCAAAGUGGUCCGCAUUUUCCACUCAGGCAAGGAGAAUUCGGAUGAAAGUGUCGUAUCUGCCGGAAAAAGUCGUGCAAAGGCUUUCUACAAGAUCCCCGCCGUUCUCCAUGUCAACAACGAGUCCCGCACACGCAUGUUGAAGAAGAACGAGCUGGCUUUCUCCGCGAACUUGGGAGGUGCGCCCGUCUACUUCAACUACUCGUGCGACAUCCUGGUGUUCGAGACCUGGGUUGCUCUGAGAUGCUUCUUCACCCCCGAGGAUGAGAAUGGUGCCCGCGCCAGUCUCCCUGCCACCAAGAUGCCGCUCGACAAGAAGAUCAAGGUCGUAGGUCUCAUGAACCGCGCCUGGCGUUCCAUCGUGAUGGCUCCAUCUAUCUUCGUGCAAGCCUUGGGUAACCCCGACAAGCUUCUCUUGCUGCGUAAGGCAUAUGAUGUCCAUUCACAUGAUAAUAUGACCGUACAAUAUCUUCAGACUGGCCGCCUGGGCAACUACGUCUUCUCCGCCGACACCGAGGAACCAUACCAAGCUCCGGAGAUCACUCUCAGCAGCAUGGCAGAGAUGUGCACCACCUUCAAUGUCCCCACCGUUCCCACCUGGGAGAGAGGCAAGAAGGAUGGAGUUGACCGCCCAAUGGUCACGCUCUCCUGA